GUUGGGCUCACGGCCGUGUCACAAAAGAAAUGGCGAGCGGUAUCGGCAAACACAAGAUACUGAAUGUGGGGCCGACGGAGCCCUGGUCAGUCAGGGAGAAACUGUGCCUGGCCUCCUCUGUUAUGAGGAGUGGCGACCAAAACUGGGUGUCAGUAAGUCGAGCCAUCAAGCCUUUUUCAGAACCGGGUCGUCCACCCGACUGGUUCUCACAGAAGCACUGUGCCUCACAAUACUCUGAGCUGCUGGAAGCCACUGAAGCACCUAAGCGUAAGCGUGGCGAGAAGGGCGAGGUUGUUGAGACUAUAGAAGAUGUCAUUGUACGCAGGCUGACCACUGAGAGGAUAGAGGAGCUGAAAAAACUACUGCGAGACACGCAAGAGCAGUACAGGAAGUUGAAGAAGGAGGUGGACCUGAUACAGACGGGACACAUGGACUCCCAGCUGAAGGACCUGUGGACAGAGAUCACAGUAAAGAAGAAGCAGGAUGAGGAGGAAGCAGAGCAGAAGAGGAAAGCCACAGAAACUGCAUAUCAGGCUCGUCAGGCAGUCAAAAACACACCUAAGCGUCUACCCAGUGUAACUGUACGGUCUCCUCUGGGUGCCAGCCCCCCCACCAUAGAUUCUCAGACUGACUCUUCGGUCGCCACACCGCCCAUGGAUACAGGAAGUGUCGCCUCCGACGACACCAGCAUCCACCCUGUUGCCCAGGGGGUCGGAGUGUUUCUACCAGCAACAGAGGCUCCAGGCCCAGGACCUAAAGACGGAGGCCUGGCCACACUAGUCGAGGACUCACCACAGAAGAGACUCCUGGCCCAGAAGGCCACACCGCCACCUUCUCCUCUCCUGUCAGAACUGCUGAAAAAAGGCAACCUCAUCUCAGCUAGCCCCCGCCUGGUUGCUGAUGGAGACUCUACUGGAAGCCUUACCAACGGAGUACAGACAGCCACCGCUGCCACUCCCCUACCAACCAGUCAUGAGGUCAUCACAGAGGGGGAAGCUGAAAUUAAGACAGAGCUCAGUGACGAGACGGGGUUAGUAGAAGAGGACCUGGUAGCUGUGUCUUACAUGGGAGACGAACUGGACCUGGAAACAGUGGGAGACAUCAUUGCCAUCAUAGAGGAGAAGGUGGAUGACUCUGUGGAGGCUUUGGACGCGGCGGCAGUGGAAGCAGCUCUCUCUCUGUGCGAAGAGGCCGUCUCAGAAGGACACACUCUCCCAGGCCCUUGGGAGACCCAGGAGCUGAAGGCUUCAGACCCUACCCCCUCAGUCCAAGACUCUGACCCCACACAGGAGUCUCAGGAUGUGGCUGUGAUGGCCGCCCCGACCUCUGCUGGUCUCGAGACCCAGAAUCAAGCAGACACAAAAAGAGAACAGCAGUUGAAGGGAAACUGCGAGGGACCUGAGGUGACUGGAAGUGAUGUCACUUCUUCUGUCACCUCUGAUGACGGCGCAACAGGAUGUGAAGUCACAGAAGAUGGGAAGGUGGCCACCGAAGCAACAGUGAAGAGCGAGGUAGAGGAGUGGAGUCAACCUGAGCCCAACCCACCUUGCCUAGACUCUGAGGACAGCUCUGUGUCUGGGAAAGAGUCCAAGGAGGUGAAGGAGGAGGAGGCGGGGAGCGAAGGGGACCCCGAAGAAGGGAUGGAGCUGAAAGAGGAUUGCGGCGAGGGGGAGGGUCCCUAUUUGUCAGAGGUGGAAAGGGCAGCCAGCGAGAGUGAAGACGGCUACGGACCGGCCUCCCAACGCUACACAGCAGAUUCACUGGCCAGCAGCCCUGCCUCCUCUUCACAGCUGUCUACAUGUGGUGAGGACCAGGAGGCCGUUCAGGCUCAGAAGAUCUGGAAGAAAGCCAUUAUGCUGGUGUGGAGGGCCGCUGCCAACCACAGGUAUGCCAGCGUCUUCUUACAGCCCGUGUCAGACGACAUUGCCCCCGGUUACCACAGCAUCGUACACAGACCCAUGGACCUGUCGGCCAUUAAGAAGAACAUCGAGUCUGGCGUGAUCCGUACCACCGCCGAGUUCCAGCGCGACAUCAUGCUGAUGUUUCAGAACGCCGUCAUGUACAACUCUUCAGACCAUGACGUGUAUCACAUGGCGCUGGAGAUGCAGCGCGACGUCCUGGAGCACGUGCAGCAGUUCCUGGCCACCCAGCUCAUCAUGCAGACCUCAGAGAGCGCCAUCUCCGCCAAGAGCCUCCGAGGCAGGGAGGGAAACCGUAAGCCGGGCGAGCCGGCUGAGAAGGAUGGAGGCACCAGGGGUCGCCGUAGCGCCAUGGAGGCCGACCUCAAAAUGAAGAAAUAGACUCGAGAUUUGUGAGAAGAAGACGCUGAAAGAGAGACAAAGAGCCGCUCUUGGAGUCAGAGGAGCUCGGAGCUGAAUACUUACUGGUCACUUUGGUUGUUUUCUGUGGAGGACUGUGCCGUCUCUGUGUGUCCGGUGUGUGAGCGGACACACUAAUGCGUCCGUGUUCUGGCGAAGAGGAGGGGAUGUGCAGAUGUGUGUGUGUGUGUGUGUGUGUGUGUGCGUGCGUGCGUGCGUGUGUGUAAAAAAAUGUGUCUGAGAGAGCUGCAUUGAGUUUCCUCCUCUCCACUUCCUAUGAUUGGUUAACAUGCAGCGCUGUGAGCUAAACGAGCCAGCGCUGUCCCCCCCGAGUAUCAUUUCACCAGUGAAGGUAGUUCACUGAGAAGGAUAUUUUCACCAGCAAAUGUUUGUUUAUGAUCAGGUGAUGGAGAGCAGGAUGAGUUCUUCUUGUCAGAUUUGAUCAUGUUGAAUCAUGCAUUUAAUUCCACAACUGCAUGUCAGGUUAACACCACACAGAUUAGUUUGAUCAUUCUUCAAAUGUGAUUCUGACAUCAACUAAAAAAAACAUAUCAAACAUCUAAACAUCUGCAUUUACUUCCCUUUUUGUCAUACAUGGAAGAACUGGAUGAAGUUUAUAAUUGAUCAGACUGCAUUGGCCAACACACAAAGGAGCACCAGUGAAUUUGCCUGUUUUAGCCGGUUAACUGCAUAUAAUUUACCCUUUUUCCCAAAGAACAAGAUUAGAUUGCCAACCUGUGUUCAUGCAGCACCGAGCUCACUUAAAUUCAGGAUGAAAUUAAACAUAAAAAUCAGCUUCAUUCAUUCAGUGACAUGAAACCUCCUUGAUAUGUGUGAUCCAUCACAGUCAGCAGGUUAGUUUAAAUUGACAUUAAUAGUUUUGGGACCCGGUUGAGAGCAGUAACCAUUUUUAAAAGUCUCUUUGGCGGUGCGUUCAAGUACAACUCAGAAUCUGACAAAAAGACAGAAAAACUAGCUGUUGUACAUGUGGUGAAAUGCAUUUGUUCCUUUUUGAUAAUGCAUAAUUAUUCAAUACAAUUUCUCGUCAAUUGACAGGAAUUUUUUGGGGGGUGGGGUGGGGGGUUAUGCUUUUUAUUGUAUGAACAGUGGAGAGAUGACAGGAAUUAAAGGGGGAGAGUGACAGAGGCAGAUUUGAAUUGCAUACCUUGCGGUUAUAUGUAUGCGUCUUAACCAGUAGACUGGAGGCGCACCAUCAACACUUACUUCUCAAAUGUGAGUAUUUGUUGUUUUUCACCGUUUUAUAUGAUUGUAAAUUGAGUAUAUUUGGGUUUUAAACUGGUGUUGGGACAAAACAAGCAUUUGAAUACUUGACCUUUGGCUGAAGGGAAUUCUUUUUUCACUGUUUUCUGACAUUUUAUAGACUGAUUAGUACGUUAAUCAGAAAAGUAAUCAACAAAUUUAUCAUCUCACAUCUGUGUUUUGUUGCUGUUAAGCAGCAGAUUGUCACAUGUCACGUUGGAGUCCUUAAAAGCAUCAACAGAGAGUUUCCAAACAGAACAGUCCCUGCUCGGAGCUGCACUACCAUGUGAUGAUAACUUCAGGAAAUCAAUCGAAAAAGGAAACUCAUUGUGCUUUGUGAGACGGCUGGCAGUGAGUGAAAACAUAUUAAUAUAAACAUCAGCUUGUUGUUGCUGAAAGAGUAUUGAUGCAUUUCUAUGUGGCACUUAAGACAGUGGUUUCCAAACCUGUUUGACCUGUGGCCCCUUAACAUGAAGCAAGGUCUACCAGGGACCCCUCAUUACACAUUGUCACUUAAGUUACUGAUUAUUGUCCUGAUUCAUCAGUUUAUCAUUUUGUCCAUAAAAUGUCAGAAAAUAGUGAAAAAUGUGCUUUAAAGUUCUCCAAAGUCCAAAUUUACAUCUCUAAAUGUGAUUUUGUGACUAACAGUCCAAAACACAAAGAUAUUCAGUUUAUCAUCACCUUUGAUGAAAAGCAAUAAAUCAUCACAUUUGAGAAGCUGAAACCAGCUUUUUGUUUAAUUUUUGCGUCUAAAUGACUGAAGCAAUUAUUUAAUUAUCAAAAUAGUUGCUCAUUAAUCUUCUCUUGAUUGACUACUGAUUAUUUAACUUGGCUUGCAGUUCUAGAAAGAGGACUUUAACUUUUAGAGGCUGAAGUAGAUAAAAUACAGAAACCCACAAGAAAUAAAGUAUUACAUCAUUUUUUAAAUCUGAAUUUUGUGCCCAAAAUGCUUUUUUUUCUCUCUCUCUCUCUAUCCUGUCCUAUCAUCUUGCUACCCUUUUGAUCAAUCCAGCGACUCAUUGUGGGGGUCCCGACACCCAGGUUGGGAACCACUGACUUAGGCUAUAGCCAGAGUGUGCUUUGUAAACAGCUUCAGAAACAUGUCUGUGUAAUGUGUGUUAGAUGGGAGGACAAAAACCAGUUUUGUACCUGUGUGAUGGACCAUGUAGAGUUUUGUGUUUGGGUAGCUGAUACAUGUAUCAUGUGUUCUGUUGUACAUUUGUUAAAUAAAAAAGAUUAUUUGAUCUAAACUCAA